AUGGCGGUGAGAAAUCGCGAUGGGGACAGCGCAGGGCGGCUGGUACGCGUGCUAGGAGACUGCGAUCUCGUCCACAUGGAGGCAGCAAUUGCCUGUUUGGGCAGUCUUAAAGGUGGCGUUAGAAUAGAGUCCUUGAUGAAACCUGGUGACGAUGACGAUGUGGACGUGCUGGAACGCAGUACUGAGGUAUUCCUGUCGCUUUCAGACCACAAGCAGAUUGCAAGACUGCAAGCUGCUUUAGCUACAAUCGUCAAUGCCUAUGACGUUCAUGUCCACUCACAAGAAAAUAAUUCGAGUCGGAAGCUAGUGCGCAUGGUGGCUGGAGCUGCAGUGACGCAAUCGAUGCGAGAUUGUACGGCUUCUCGGACAAACUUUUGCAUUUGGGGCUCGCAGGCGGAAAGAGCGCACGUGUUGCUUGAAUGGAUGGUGAGUCAUGAACAUGGGAGUGAUGACAGAGCAUUGUCGUCUCAUGACUACGUGCGACAGUUACUGUUGGAAUGGAUUCAGCCAUCCGUCGAGAAGCAAAAGCAGUUGGCUGGCUGUCUUACGCUAUUUGAACUGCUGCAGCGUCGUCGAAUUAUUCGAGUUGGUGACUCACACCGUGUCAAACCGUCAAAGCUUGCGCUGAUCGCUUUGGAAACACUUAUAUUGCUAUACGCAGUUGAUUGA